GUUAUAUGAAGAAGAUCUUCCGUUCGAGGCUUAUUUGAAUGUUCGCCUGAUAAAUGACCAACACACAGCACAAGUGGGAUUUCGUAACACUUUCCAACCAACGGGGAGAGAUCUUUCGUUGUCUACAUUGCACUUACCGAUCCCCACUCAGUACACCUAUAGUAUGGUAAGUCGUAUUUUUAAAAUAGGAAAUCAGGUCCUGGAAACAAAAAGCUGCUUAAACUUUCCGGAAGGGUAUACUCAAUAAAGUUUUAUACGGGGAGGUUCCGCCCUGAGGUCUAACCGCCUACCCUUUUAUAUACCAUUUUGGACAGACAAGGUACCCCUUUCGUAUACCUGAAGCCUGAACCUCCCCCCCUCUCUUCCCCACAAGUGAAGAGGGUUCGGAUUUAGCCCUUGCGGCCUAGAAAUCUAGCUGCGGUUGCUCUCUUUCGCUGUGAAGCUCGUGAGGACCUCUUGUGUGUUAAAGUCGUCCGAAGCUUUUAUGUUUAUAAGUGUUGCACGGUUAAUUAUUACGCGACCGUAACUGACAGAUAUCUUCGCAUUCGUCCGCUUCGUAAAGCUGAACUUUGGAGGUUAUAUAGGUGAGGGUUUGAAGACAGUGCAUUAAUAAUAAAGGAUACCACAGUAGUAGAUUGCAGAAUGGUUAAAUAAAUUAAAGAAUGUCACUUAUUAUGUCCUUUCAGGUUUUUGAGGAACGUAGGCAACAGCUUAGUGGUAAGUUUUACUCUUCUUUAUGCGUUCCAUUUUCCGCUUUUCUUCAGUUCUGACUGGAGCGCGAGCAGAGUAGUCCGAGAGAGUCACAUGCAGUACUAGUUCAAGCAACUUGGAGGACAGAAAUGUUAGAUAAUCGAUUGUAGAAUUAUAAAUUCAACGAAUUCCAGGGGCACCUAACGAGAAUAUAGUUCAAAACCACUUAAACACAGCAUUGUUAAAGUAUUUUAGUAUUUAAAAGGUAGAUGUAGGCAUAUUUUUAUCCCCUGAAAAUUUUUCAUCUGUUCGGAUUUCCUAGCUGAAAGUCUAGUGAUUCGAAUUGCGAUCAAAACUUACCUUUUCGAAAAUUCCAGCCAGAAAAAAGGCUCCCGAAAAUUCUAGGUGACAAGCAAGAAAUUUUACAACAAAUGUUCCGAAAAUUCUAGAUCUCCGUCAAAUCGUCUUCCGAACAGAUAUUUUCCGAACAUUGACGUUGGGUGCCCCUGGAAUUCCCAAGGAAAGGAAGUAAAAAUUAAUUGUUCUUAUACCUUUAAUACAGAUGUCGUUCACGACAAUCUAUUCCCGACUUUGCAUAUGUUAAAUGGCUGAUUCAGUGGCUAAUCAAUUGAUUAUUGGCCGAUUUGUUCAUUAUUUUUUCGUGAGUUUGUGUAUCUGUUCGCUCAAUCUUUUCCAUUUGAAUAUUUUUUCCUCCCUUUUCUCCCUCAUGUAUUGAUGAAUGACUGCAUCAUCCAACUAUAUAUCCAUGCACCUACUUACCCACAGUUUAUCAUUUAUCGUUUUUGCAUUCAUAAAAAUGAAUUUCUUGGGUCAAUCAUUGGCUUAUAUUCUCUCAUGCAUUCCAUGCAUGAGAGAAAUAAGCCAAUGAGACGGUCUCCUAGCUCGUCUGCUUGCUUUUACACAGUUAUUAAUUCCUCCUUGGUCUAGAGUUAUGUGGAGCAAUACAGUCAAAUAGUACCUCAACUAACUGAAUUUCGGUCGAUUCGUUUAAGUUUUUGCAGGAGAAGUGAAGAAAGGGAUUCUAACAGACGAUGAACUAGAAGAUCUGUCGGAAAAAAUCCCUGACCAUCGGAAAAAGCUUGGGCGUCGGCUAACCUUCGAUAAAGCAGCGUUGGAAGCAUUUGACAAAGACAAUGACAAAAUUGUCGAUAAAGCUUACGCCAUGUUGAUUGUCUGGAAAGAAAGAGAGGGCUCAGCUGCCACGUACCGUGUUUUGAACAAAGCGCUGUGUGACAUGAGCGUGAAACGUAGAGAUUUAGCACAACAAUUUUGUUGCUACUGACUGACUGAUUAGAUUUUUACUAUUUUCUAUGCACUGAAUUGACAUUAAUCUACUUCUUACCUUUAAUCGUUUGAAUACAUGUAUCUUUUUCUUUUAUAUUAUAUUAGGGUACCAAGUUAAGGGUAUUUAUGUUGUAGCCGGUUAUACAUGUACAUUUUGUGGUUUAAUUUUAUCCUUGGUUUAAGUUUUCUUUUGUUUCGUUUUACGGUACGGUAAUGUAUGAUAAUGAGUUUGAAACGAAAGAAAAGAAAAGUCAAACCAAGGAUAAAAUUGAAGAAAUUGAAGAAUAACAUACAGAGAGGUCGGAUAAGACCCUCCACCCUUUCCUCUUGAGGUUUGGGUUAUGAAAGUUCUAUUUUCGUUUACUUUGAGUCAGGUCUGUGAGUUGUGCCUGGUAUUAGUUACAUUGAGACAAGCACUUAAAUUCAGUUACUAUACCUCACAUUCUUAUUCUAAUGUUUAAUGUAAAUAUGUCUCUUCACAAAAAAGAAAAAAAAUUCUUCAUAUUAUAGUUCUAUGCACAGACACUCCACUCUCAAAACUGAAAAAUUGUUAUUCUCUCUACACGUAAUUCUAAACGUGUAGUUGUUAAGUGUUUCAGGGAAAC